GUUGUCAGUUGAAAAAAAAAUUAUAGUCAUCUUGACUCAUAAUUAUCUUCAUUGUGCUGCAAGGCUCUCGGUCACAAAUAGCUCGAUUCACUUGAUACUACUGGACUUGUCACUCAAAUGAACUAUCAGAUAUUCCUCCAGACCUCUAUCAACCUGUUUGCUCCAGCUGAGCGUGUGUUGUAGCCUGAUCAUUCUUCAGGGUAGUCAGUUUCUGACAGUUUCAUCCUUAUACCUGAACGUGGAACCGUUGUCUUUCUGAACUGCUUUUAAAAAAAACUGGAUUGCGCCAGUUGCAAAGGAAGCGAUUUCUCUCCCGAAUAUUUGAGUUGGAAGCGAGCUUCGCGCUCAGCCGCGUACGUGUGGUGUGUGUGUGUGUGUGUGAGAGAGAGAAACAGGGAAGCAGUCUGCGUCAGGACCCGGGGGAGUCCUCACAGAGCAACUACUUCAACAUCUUCAAGCUGCCAGGCAGAGCCAGAAGCAGUCAGCAUUUAAGUAUAUCACGGCGCUCCGGGUAUCUCCAACGGAUCAUCUCUUGCUAAUCAGCCGGCCGGCGGGAUAAUGCCACAGCGGCCCAAGUAAUACGAGAAAAAUUGCCAGAUAUGAGACCGCUCUGGAUUCCCCUCUGUCUUCUGGUGUAUCUGUGGUCAAGCGCAGAGGGACAAGUCUUCGCAGGCAGUUGCUCAUUUGAUGAGUAUUACAGCAGCUGUGGAUACAUUCUGGCUCUUGGGACCAAUGGAUUCACCUGGGAGCAAAUUAACACAUGGGAAAAGCCAACCACAGACCCAUCUGUGCCAACAGGAUCCUUUAUGAUGGUGAACAGCUCUGGACGGAUCUCAGGACAGAAAGCUCAUCUAUUAUUGCCUAUAUUAAAAGAGAAUGACACACACUGCAUUGACUUCCACUAUUUUCUGUCAAGCAAAGACCGAUCAAGUCCUGGUGCUUUAAAUGUCUAUGUGAAAGUUAAUGGUGGACCUCAAGGAAACCCUGUCUGGAAUGUGUCUGGGAUAGUUACUGAAGGAUGGAUUAAGACAGAGCUGGCUAUCAGCACAUUUUGGCCAAACUUCUAUCAGGUUAUUUUUGAAUCUGUUGCUUCAAAGGGUCAUCCUGGAUACAUUGCAAUAGAUGAAGUUAGAGUACUCGCUCAUCCUUGCAGGAAAGCCCCUCAUUUCCUUCGGCUACAGAACGUGGAGGUGAACGCAGGACAAAAUGCCACAUUUCAGUGUAUCGCAGGUGGGAAGUGGUCCCAGCAUGACAAGUUAUGGUUGCAGCAAUGGAAUGGAAAGGAUACAGCAUUGAUGGUGACAAGGGUGGUUAACCACAGGCGUUUUUCUGCCACUGUCAGUGUGGCAGAUACAUCACAGAAGACUACAAGCAAAUAUAGAUGUGUGAUCCGCUCAGAAGGAGGCUCAGGAGUGUCCAACUAUGCAGAACUAAUUGUGAAAGAUCCACCCACACCCAUUGCUCCACCUGAGCUUUUGGCUGUUGGUGCCACUUACUUAUGGAUCAAACCCAAUGCAAAUUCCAUAAUAGGAGAUGGUCCUAUCAUCCUGAAAGAAGUCGAGUACCGGACCACUACAGGAAAUUGGGCUGAAACGCACAUUGUGGAUUCUCCAACCUACAAAUUAUGGCAUCUUGAUCCGGAUGUGGAAUAUGAAAUUCGAGUGCUACUGACACGACCGGGGGAUGGUGGGACAGGACCUCCAGGUCCCCCUCUUACAACAAGAACCAAGUGUGCAGAUCCAGUGCAUGGACCUCAGAAUGUCGAGGUUGUGGAUGUUCGAUCACGACAGUUGACUAUUCAUUGGGAGCCAUUUGGUUAUGCAGUCACUCGUUGCCAUAGCUAUAACUUGACUGUUCAGUAUCAGUAUGUGCUUGGUCACCGGGAAUACAAAGCCGAAGAAUUGAUGCAGACGUCAUCACACUAUACACUGCGAGGGUUACAUCCAUACACCACAGUGAAACUCCGGCUGGUACUACUUAAUCCAGAAGGAAGGAAAGAAAGUGACGAGAUAGUUAUCCAAACUGAAGAAGAUGUGCCUGAUCUGGUGCCCUUGGAAUCAAUUCAAGGAGGUCCAUUUGAGGAGAAGAUAUAUCUACAGUGGAAACCACCGAAUGAAACUAAUGGAAUAAUUACCCUCUAUGAGAUAACCUACAAAGCUGCGGGUUCCUUUGACCCUAAUGUGGAACUAUCAAGCCAAAGGGGGAGAGUGUUCAAACAACGAAAUGAGACACACCACUUGUUUGUCGGACUUUACCCAGGAACAACAUAUUCGUUCACAAUAAGAGCAAGCACGGUGAAAGGAUUUGGGUUGCCAAUUACCACCCGAAUUACUACAAAAAUUUCAGCCCCCUCAAUGCCAUUGUAUGAUACAGAUGCGCCUCUGAAUGAGUCGGACACAACUAUCACAGUCCUGUUGAAGCCAGCUCUAUCAAGAGGAGCUCCAAUCAGUGCCUAUCAACUAGUCGUUAAGGAAGAACGCUUACAAAAGGCCAGGAGAGCAGCAGAUAUGAUUGACUGUUUUCCUGUCCCAGUCAGCUACAAGAAUGCUUCUGUAUUUGAUUCACUGCAUUAUACUGCUGCAGAGCUGAGACCUGUGAACCUUCCUAUGACUCAGCCAUUUACUGUUGGAGAUAACAAAACAUACAAUGGCUAUUGGAAUCCGCCAUUGUCCCCACUGAAAAGCUACAGCAUAUAUUUUCAAGCACUCAGCCAAGCUAAUGGGGAGACCAAAAUCAGCUGUUUAAGACUGGCAACUAAAGGUAGGAUACAGAUAACUACACCAUACAUACUUGUCAUCCCAAGUGCAGGUGCCUCAACGCAGAACUCCAAUACAGUGGAGCCAGAAAAACAAGUAGAUAACACAGUGAAAAUGGCUGGAGUUAUUGCAGGAAUCUUAAUGUUCAUCAUCAUCAUGCUGGGAGUGAUGCUGAUAGUUAAAAAACGGAGGAGUGCUUAUUCCUACUCAUAUUACCUGAAACUGGCAAAGAAGCAGAAGGAGACACAGAACAGCACCCAGCGAGAGAUGGAACCUGUGGUAACAACAACAGACAAGAGUUGUAACAAACACAGAUCAGUUCCAAGAGAUGAUGCAUUAUCAACAGACCAAGGGGCACCCAAUGCCGUAAUAGACAGCAACCAUGAGGAUAUCACUCAGCCAGCUAGAGUUGUUCAAACCCAUUCCUACAGAAAUUGUGAACCUGUUGAAAUGUCGUAUCAAACUGGACACCUUCAACCUGCUAUAAGAGUAGCAGAUCUACUGCAGCACAUCACACAGAUGAAAUGUGGCAAGGGCUAUGGCUUUAAGGAAGAAUAUGAGAGUUUGUCAGAAGGACAGUCAGCAGCUUGGGACACUGCCAAGAAAGAGGAAAAUCGCUCCAAGAACAGAUAUGGGAACAUCAUUGCCUAUGAUCAUUCUCGAGUACGACUUCAGUUAUUAGAUGGCGAUCCCCAUUCAGAUUAUAUAAAUGCCAACUACAUUGAUGGUUACCACAGACCACGCCACUACAUAGCUACUCAAGGUCCGAUGCAGGAGACGGUUAAAGAUUUUUGGAGAAUGAUUUGGCAGGAGAAUUCAUCCAGUAUCGUCAUGGUAACUAAUCUGGUGGAAGUGGGAAGGGUGAAAUGCUGCAGAUAUUGGCCAGAUGAUACUGAGCUGUAUGGAGACAUUAAAGUAACACUUGUGGAGACAGAGCCAUUAGCAGAGUAUGUUAUACGGACUUUCACAGUUCAAAAGAAAGGUAAUCAUGAAAUUCGAGAGAUUAGACAGUUCCACUUUACCAGCUGGCCUGAUCAUGGAGUACCAUGCUAUGCGACGGGGUUAUUGGGAUUUGUAAGACAAGUAAAGUUCCUGAACCCAGCUGAUGUUGGUCCUGUUAUAGUACAUUGCAGUGCUGGUGCAGGGAGGACUGGCUGCUUUAUUGCCAUUGACAUCAUGCUUGAUAUGGCAGAAAGUGAAGGUGUCGUGGACGUUUACAAUUGUGUCAGAGAGCUUCGUUCACAAAGGGUCAACAUGGUACAGACAGAGGAACAGUAUGUCUUUGUUCAUGAUGCAAUUUUGGAGGCAUGCUUAUGUGGAAACACAACUAUACCAGUCUGUGAAUUCAGAGCAAUGUUUUAUAACAUCAGCAAAGUGGACCCACAAACCAACUCCAGUCAAAUCAAAGAUGAGUUCCAGACAUUAAAUAUUGUAACACCUCGUGUACGUGCUGAGGAUUGCAGUGUUGGUCUAUUACCACGCAAUCACGACAAGAACCGUAAUAUGGAGGUCCUCCCACCAGAUAGAUGUCUCCCAUUCCUUAUUUCUGUUGAUGGUGAAACAAAUAACUACAUAAAUGCUGCACUCAUGGACAGCCACAAGCAGCCUGCGGCCUUUAUUGUCACACAGCACCCUUUACCAAAUACUGUGACAGAUUUCUGGAGACUAGUGUUUGAUUAUCAUUGCUCAGCCAUUGUAAUGUUGAAUGAACUUGAUGCUGCACAGCUCUGCAUUCAGUAUUGGCCAGAAAAAAGUCUGUGUUGCUAUGGUCCCAUCCAAGUGGAAUUCAUUUCAGCAGACUUUGAAGAAGAUAUCAUUGUUCGGGUUUUUCGGAUCUACAAUAUGGCACGACCUCAGGAUGGAUACCGUAUUGUGCAGCAGUUCCAGUUUAUUGGUUGGCCAUCGUACAGGGACACGCCAGUGUCAAAGCGCUCCUUUUUGAAACUAAUAAGGCGUCUGGAGAAAUGGCAAGAGGAGUAUGAUGGGGGUGAUGGUCGCACUGUGGUGCACUGCUUCAAUGGUGGUGGGCGAAGUGGAACACUUUGUGUAGUUCGUAGUAUCUGUGAGAUGAUUCAUCAACAGAAUAUAAUAGAUGUUUUUCACACAGUCAAAACACUACGAAACAACAAAUCCAAUAUGGUAGAUACACUGGAGCAAUACAAAUUCUGCUAUGACGUGGCACUGGAGUAUUUGAAUUCAUUUUGAACUUACAUGAUGAAAAGAUUCAUUGUGGGAUCACAGUGAUAAUUUUAUCAGAAGAAGCCUUCAUGUCAUGUACAAAAUAGUGCAUCAAAAAUUGUUUGCAUAGAUUUGUGUUUUCAAGGGUCAUGUUGAAACCAGAAAGGGAAGCAAGCACAAACUCUGUAAUAAUCACAUACAUUAUCCACAAGAACUACCUGGAUUGGCUACAGUGUUGGACUACUCCGCCUUUCACUGGAGUUUUGCUUAUGCCAGAAAUAAAUUGAUGUCAUCUGUUUAGAUGAAGAUUCUGCCAGCUGUUCAUUUUGUCAGAUGUCCUUGUAUGUUACAUUCCAAUUUAUUUAAAUUGUUUGCAUAAAGUCUUAAUAAAUGCUAUCUAUGAUCUGUUAGCAAAGUUUUAUUCAGCAUUUUAUAAAUAGGAUUAGAAAUGCUAAAUAAAACAAAGCAAUAAUUUUCCUGUUUGAUGUUGAUUUCCUGUUAAUUUUAAUGUUGCCACUUUCAAUAGCCGCCAUUGAAAUGGUACAGUUUUGGAGCACCAAUUCUGUUUUGAGAAUAAGGGUUUAAGAUAUCAAUGCAAUUUUUGAAGAGCAUAAAAUCUUCAACAAUUCUUCAGGUAUCUAACUUCGAAGCAAAAUGAGCAGCAUUAAGCUGAAGCAGUAUCUUUUGCAGGAAUAAUAUUCUGUGUUUUGUCCACUAAAACUAUGAGCAUGUUAUAAGGAGAAUGAUUUACGUGUGAAUUCAGAGAUAAAAAUUGUGGAUCUUGGAUUUCUGAAACAGUAAGAGGAGCAAUUAUAAUUCGCUCCGUCUAAAAUAGGAAAACAGGCUUACAUUUCUGAUGUGACCCUUCAUCAGAGUUCUAAGUUCUGAUGAAUGUUCUCACCCUGAGGUUAACCCAUUGCUUUUUUUUAUGCUGGUUCAAUGAUGUAUAUUUCCAGCAUUUUUGAUGUUUAUCUGAAUGAGGUUCAUUUCAUCUGGGGCACUGUUUUCAAUUAACUGGUUAAUACCUUUGCAUUAAGGUGUCUGCUAUUCUAACACAGUCAUUAAUCUGCAAACAAAUAAACAGGUUAGAACUACUAUAUUAAAAUAGCCCAGACAGAAAUUUAACAUAAAUGCAUUAGCCAGCGUAUUGAUAAUAAUGCAGAGAAAAUUAAGCUCUCGGGCGUUUAUGUAUUCUGUCUGAUUGAUGGAGCCAUCAGUAAAUUGCAUUAGCUGAGAAGAUUGUAGUACCUGAGGGCCUUGUAAAGGUGGUUUGCUGUAUUUUGGGUGUGAUUUAGUCUGACUCAUUAAGGUCAUUGUUAUUGACAGAAAGCAAGAUUGUAGCAUAAACCAAGUACAUCUCAUGUUAAUUUUUACUGAGAUCUUAUCAAAGCUUCAUUCUCAUACUUCUGCUGAACUUUGGAAACUGUUUGUUAACUUACAAUUCUUGUAGAUUACAUGAACUCCUUCAAUAUACAUUUGUAAGAGUGUAACAAAAAUUGACAGACUGAAGUCCUUAAACUUUAACAGGACCUUAGAAACUCUACCUCUUAUCAGGUUGUUUGGUUGUUGAUUUAAUAUCAUUCAAUGACUGAAGAAAAUCUGUAAAAGAUUGACGUUCGUCUGAUAUAUUUUUCUUCAUAGUUUGUUUACUUUGCUGUGACUACAUCAGUUGUGCAUUAUUUAUACAAUUUGUCCAGAGCAAAAUUAUUGUCUCAUACUUAUUCUGGCUUUACCAAAAGAGAAUAUGCAUUAGUGCACAAACCUUGAGUCAUCCGUUGCAGCUAUGUAAAGUUAUUAUCAACCACUUAGAUGCACAGGCCUAAUUUCAAUAUAGGAUAUCGAAGGAUUUGCUCCAAGCUCAAAGGUCAAAUCUGUCGUGCUUUAGUAAAUCUCAGUAUAGUUCAUGGUAUUAUUAACAUAUGGCAGAAUCAUAUCUAAUAUCAUGAUUAACUGCCCAAAGUCUGUAAUUUCUUGCAAAGGCUUUGGUGUUGCAGAGCAAAUUCUAUAUUAUCCAAUAUAUGAUCAUAAAAGAUCAAAGCAGUAUUCCUCAUUUUUAUUACUGCAAUAAACAAAACCGAAAAGAAGCAUUAUAAAAGUAAAAGCAAAUAACAUUGUGAGUUUUGAAUUGCCAACAUUUUUGGCAUGAUUUACUUAAAACAAAUUAAAACUGUCCCAUUCAGGACCAUUGUUAUGAACAAUGUGGAAGGUUUUAUGCUGUAACAGUGAACUGUGAUUUAAUUCAAGUGCUGUAAUUUACAGGGCUUGUAUACCAUUCCUCCCCCAUCUCCACCUCCCCAUAAACCAUUCCUCUGUCAGCCCUGCACCCCCAUUUCAACAUUAAAUGUCCUAGAUUAUUCACCCUAAUUUACUAACACUGCAUAAUGAGAAAAUAAAGCCAGUGUACAAGCAAGAAAAUAAACCAAUACGUUUCUUCCCCUGUGCUCAUUGGUGUUUGUUGUUCCCUUUACAGCCCAGUUUCUGUGUUUGGUAGAUGAAAGCAUGUUUGAAUAGCUUCACUGUGUAAUAUUCUGUAGCAAGUUACUUUUCUAGCUUUAUAAGAUGUGGUAAGUUAUGUUAAGUCAAAUAAUAUAUGAAAUAUAUUUUUGACAGUACAUAAAAGUAAUGUGAUCUUUUUACAACUGUAAUGCCAUCUGACUAAUUUAUUCUUAUAUGUUGUAAGGAAAUGUUUGUAAAAUGGGCUUUGUGCCAUCUGUACAAUAAAAUAAAUGGAAUAUGUGA